CUAGUCCUCUCCUACUAUCUCCAUCAGUUAGCACAUUGCUAUGAAUAAUCCAGAGCUACGGGAUGGCAGAGCUGAUGGCUUCAUACAUCGGAUAAUUUGCAAGUUGAAAGAAAACUGGAAGACUGGCCUUAUGUGCUUCCUGAUUUUUAUUUUUACAGUUUGCAUUAUUAUGAUAGCCACAUGGUACAAACAUGCUAAACCUGUGGCAUGUUCAGGGGACUGGCUUGGAGUGAGAGAUAAGUGUUUCUAUUUUUCUGAUGAUACCAGAAAUUGGACAGCCAGUAAAAUAUUUUGUAGUUUGCAGAAAGCAGAACUUGCUCAGAUUGAUACACAAGAAGACAUGGAAUUUUUGAAGAGGUAUGCAGGAACUGAUAUGCACUGGAUUGGACUAAGCAGGAAACAAGGAGAUUCUUGGAAAUGGACAAAUGGCACCACAUUCAAUGAUUGGCCAUCAAAUUCCAAAUGGUCAUGCAACCGGAGCCUCCGACAAUGGCUUCUUCUGCUGGGACCCCUUAGAUAGGCCUCUGAGGGAGCUCUGACUGCCCCAAAACAGUGCCCCCUGUCGGCAGGAAGCAGUUAAAUCAGUCUUCAUCCUUACCCUUAAUAUAACGGCAGUUAGAUGUACUUCUUUAGAGGGGGUAAAUUUAUCAAUUUAGAGCAAUUCAUCCUCCUCUUUCCAUCUUUGAUUCACAGUUAAUAGGCUACAAAUUUUGAUAAUGUAGAAUAAACUACAGAAAACUUCUUG